AUAUAGCUAACUGAAGAGGGGAGAAAACAUAUAGCGUGCGCCGUGUAAAACGGAAUACAAGUUACAGAGGAACAUGAAAAACUAGAUGGAGUAGGUACAACAUACAAACAACAAUAUCCUAGUACAUUUUUCAACCCUUCUUUAAGCGACUAGUUUUUUCUCGGAGAAUGCAAGCCAGAUGAAGAGGCUUUGGAAAUUACAGAUAUUAUGGAAUGAAAAGCAUUGGCCGCUAUCUUGCAUUUAAUCUGACCUCUUUUUGGAAGUGGCUUUUUCCCUCUGAACCUGUUCCUGUUGGCAACUUCUGCAGCUGGAACAUGACCGACUCUGUUAUUCAUUCUCUUAAUUAUGCCACCUAAAACAAACUGAUAUAUCUUGAAUGUAUGUAGUGAGUGUUUCUGAAAAUUGGGAUGAGAGGAACGUAAGGUCCAUGAGUUUAUAUAGAACCCUGGAUAUGCUUAUCGUAAUUUCAAGGUGAGGCUCUUGGGCAAGUGAUUGCAGAUUUAAUUAAUAUUGGAAGGAAGGUGAAGCAGUUCUGUCUCACUGGUGGGGGUUGGGAAGCAUGCCAGCUAUUUUGUAUGACUCUACAAGAUUCCUUUCAGCUCAACGAAGGACAAACUGUGCUUCGAAUCCAUAGGUUUGAUUUAGGGCGACCCAAAAAUAAACCAUCAUUGGCGUAUGUAGCUUCAGAGAGACAGUACGGUUGUUUUAACGAACACGUGCGGGGUAAAUGCGAAGAUGUCUUGUGUCUGGUAAUGGGAUUUAGUCCAUUGUUUUUUCUUGGGCAGAUGCGUUUGUUUAAUAUUUCAUAUACCUAUUGGUUCCGAAUCAGGGAAGCAAGGUGUAUUCUAUAUCUAUAGUGUUGUUGUCCUCAUUUUCAGUGUAACUUAGAAGGCUAGCUGGCUAUAUGUAUAUAUUACUAGACAGCCUGCUGAUCAAGCAAAUAUAAAUAUACUCCGAUAUUAAAUAUUGAAGAUGAUGCUGCUGCGUCACAUGGUCAUGAAACUUGUUUCGCAGGUAUUAAAUACGAUCACCGUGCACAGUCUUCUGCCAGGUACAAAUAAAUAUCCAAAAAAAGAUUUGCCUCUUUCCAUUUUAUCUUACUUUCUCACAGUUUCUGUUAUGUUGAAUUAGUCUUCCCGUCAUGGUUGUCUAGGUGGUGUUUGCUUGACCCAAUUGUAUAAUAAGGGGAAGAUUCAAGACUGCCUCCUGUUUGGCUAGACAUAAGGACAUGGAUAGAUAGAACUUGUCUAUAUUCUCUAUUCAGUUGUUUCAGCACAUCUAAAAUGUAAUUGAACCUAACGCAAUGAAUGGGGUAGAUAAUUAAUUCUUUGAUUGUGACUGCUAUAACCAUAGACCCCAUAGGGUAUCGCUGGCGAGCUUAACCCAAUUCUACCACAAACUUGUAAUCUUAUUGCGGUUCUUAAUUUAAUAUCAGAAGAUUUUGAACAAUUAACUACAACCCGUCAAUGCAUUGCUUAGUCAUUGUCUUUGACGAACAAAUUAGAUUACUAUUCAUUGGGCUACUGCUUCAAUAUUCCAAUCUUCUUCAUGUUCCAUCAUUUCUCCUGUAUCACGAAGUUGUCAGCCAUAGAGUUUAUAAUGAUAUAGCAUCAAUCAAUAAACUGCUCUGUUCCCGUCAGGCGCAUUACUCCUCCGAGACUCCAGACCACUAUCUCUUUACUCAAAAUAAAAUGUAUGUAAUAGUACAUUCUUCAAAUUUCAUUUGUCCUCAGUCAAACAGUCUAAAAAAAAAGUUGAAUAUCAUCCAUCAGCCUAAAAUCAUCCAUGGAUAAACCAACUGACGAGAAAUGAAAAAGAACGUGUGUAAUGUUCAUCAGCUUGCAUGAUUGAUGACUGUUCUCACACAAUAACAUGAGACUUUUCAGCACACAAUUCCUGGAAAAAAUUUCGAGGAGGUUAUCUAUCUCAAAAUUGUUCCAAGUCAAGCACGCUUAACUAUAGAAUUCUUAAGUUAUGGACUAUCGAAAAGUAAAUGUAUCUUGUUAGUAUAAGUAGUACUAAUUAAUUCCUUUAAGCUAUCCCUCACUAUACAUUCCCAUACCUGCACAGACUCUGGAUUCUUCUUAUUCGGGUGCUGAUUCGAUUCAUUCAUGUACUCCUCCUGCUAAAAACUUGCCAGAGUCGCUUCUUACCGUCACAACCCUCCUUCCUACCUUAACGGGUAUAGACUCCAAACAUUGGGCAUGACAACUAGUAGUACAGCCCAACCCACGUUCCAAAGGACUAUCACUCUCUGCCCUUGUCAGUGCCUAAGAUGUUAUAUGCCAACUAGCUUUCGUAUGAUUCGUCCUCAAACCACACCGUAUUGGGAGAAAAGUCAUGCUCUAAUACCACUUGUAAUGUCUAGCCGCUUAAAGGAUCAAUGAUUGUCUCACACACUAACACGAGACUUUUCAGCGUGCUUUGUCCUCACUCUCGCACACUUCCUGGACAAAUUUUCCAAAAGGUCACCCAUCACAAAAUUGCUCAAAGUCAAGAACGCUUAACUAUGAAUUUCUUAAAUUAUAGGCUACCGAAAAGUAAAUGCAUCUUGUUAGUAUAGGUAGUACCAAUUAAUUUCUUUAAGUUAUCAUCAAUUGUACAGUCUCAUACCUACACAGCCUCUGGAUCCCUCUUAUUCAGAUAUUGAUUCGAUUCAUUUAUGUACCCCUCCCACUGAAAGCUUAUCAAGAGCCGCUCCUUACCAUCACAACCCUCCUACCUUAACGGGUCUGGACUCCAGACACUGGGCAUGACAACUGGUAGUACAAUCCAACUCACGUGCCAAAAGACUAUCACUCUCCACCCUCAUCAGCGCCAGGAUGUUACAAUGUAUAUCACUGUUAAUUUGUCUACUAACGACUGAAAUUAUCUCAUGUAACCGAACCAUAUAAAUUGAAAAAAUAGAUAAUCCAUUCCCAAUGUGAUUUAUUUUGUCAGCUACGAAUGCGCAAAGAUCAAUGUCUGAUGCCAUCAUAAGAGUCGUCCCCCUUCCGGGGCUAAAAUUGUACAAUUGAAGUGCCAUAGCAUCGUGACAACAACAGGAUCUAUUAGCAUAGGAAUGACAUUAGUGGGACAAAUGAAAUAAUUAUUGUCUUUCACAGCCGAGUAAAAUGAUAAAUUGUUCCCGUAACAAUACUACCUUGGCACUCAGUAGCCAUGGUUGAGAAUAAAAAUAAACUGUUCAAUAACAGUAUUGUUAUCUUGGUAACAGUUGUUGAGGGUGAGAUAAGUGUCGGCCGUGACAGCAAGGGACGAGAAUUCAGGAAAUAAAAAAACACGAGGUAAAGUAGUAAUUGAAAGAAUUCCAUACCCGAUCAAGGAAGGAGGUAAUAUUCUUAGAUUUCAUGUCAAGUCAAAAACAGUAAAGCAAAUGGAGAAAGCUAAACAAACUAGGCACUGAUUCUUUGCCUAAAGCUAGAGAAAACUCUCUGUUCUUUUCGUCGAUUAAGUCACAAAGGCAGCUAUAUAUUAGAGAGUUGCCAUUAAAUGUCUGUGGUAAUGCUUCGGUUAGAAAAAUUUGAAAAUGAAUGCUGUAGUUAGAUUCCCAGCCAGAGCUUCAUGCCAUGGCACAGGAAUAAACUCCAACAUCACAAAGAGGCUCACCCCCAGGUUCUCGCCCAGCAAAAGAACAUGCAACUUGCACUCAGACAAAAUGAAGAUGCAACAACGCAGCAUCUGUUUCCAGAAGAAUGUUCUAAAAAAAUCUUGGGAUAACAAUAGAAUUACAGCCAUAUCAUCAAAUAGAGACCCCAAAACUGGGCAAAACUCAUUCUCCCCAGCAGAAACAGUAGAUAGAUUUUACACAUGUAUCAAUGAGAAAGAGCUACGACAAUUGGGCGAAUGCAUAUCUCAAGAUGCUUGCUUUGAUGACUGUGCCUUCAUCAAACCAUUCCAAGGAAAGAAGGAAGUGAUGCACUUUCUAGAGCAGCUUACUGCUAGCAUGGGCCAGAAUGUGAAAUUCAGAGUGAGACAUAUAUGCGAGGGAGAUGAUUUUACUGUUACAGCUAUCUGGCACUUGGAAUGGAAAAAGGAACAGAUCCCAUUCACUAGAGGUUGCAGCUUCUUCAAGUUAUCAGAAGAAGGAGAAAACAUGAUCAUUCGGAUAGCUGAAGUAUUAAUUGAAUCACCGGUCAAACCUGGAAGCAUAGUUUUGACUCUGUUGAAGACCGUGACUUCAUUAUUUGAUGAGUUUCCAAAUGUAGCUCAGUGGUUCUUAAGUAGUCCUCAUGCAAUACUAAAUUGGGUAUUGAAAAUUUACAAUAUAUUUGUAGCGCCCUUGCUUAAUCCACUACUAGAUGGUUACAUAAAGCUAUGGAGCUUCAUGGUUCGAUUGCUUAGCUAUGCAUUCAAUAUUGUGAUUUUUAUUUCUAAGAUUUUCUUCAAGUAGAGAGCACACUACCCCGAAAUAAGAACUGCUUGCACUAGAGGGAAUGAUCUCAUAUCACUUGCCAUCAUCAUCGGUACCGCUGUUCCACCAUGUCUCUAACAACGAGAGAGCAACCAACGGUCCUAUAACUGGAGG